GAAGGAAGAGCAAUGGCGACAUUGGAUCGCCAACUAUCAAGUCUGGAUACGUUCCUGUGCAAACCCUGGUCUACCUUCACCGACGCAACCAAAUCACUCUACCCCGACAGCGCACUUAUUCCUGAAGAUCAAGGGGACAUUUAUGUUGACAAGAAAGAUGCAAUGAAACUGAACAGAGAAGAUAUGCACGUGUUUGGCCAGUUUCCCACUCAUGACGAAUUCUCGCUCGUCGUAUGCAAUGUCUGCGAUCAAGUCUUCAAACCUCAGGGGAUCCUGACGCACUACGAGAGGAGACACGGCUCCCCCAGUAGCUCCUCCAAGGCGCCUCUGGUUCCAAUGAAGCCCAAAGAAUCGGCCAGCCAUGGGGGAGCAGCAGCAGCAGCAGCAGCAGGAGGAGGAGGCGGAGGAGGAGGCGCGGGCGCGGAGGGCCUGCCCUUCAGGGUGCCCCGAGACUACCCCCACUCGCGCUUCAACAAGGCCCCGCUCGCCGUCUACCCGCCCAAAGGAGCCCGCGCCAAGGCCUGCGUGUCCAUGCCGGUGGUGAGUUUGGAGAAGAUGACGUGUUUUGGCCGGACGGAAGGAGGCAGCCACGUCAAACUCUCCUCCUCCUCUGCUGGCACCUCCUCCUUCCACCUCUCCUCCUCCUCCUCCUCCUCCUCCUCCUCCCAGUCACCUGCUUCCUCUCUCAAGUCCUCCCUCUCCUCCUCCUCUUCCUCUUCCCACAAGCCUCAGAUGAACGGGCGAGGUCCCGCUACACCACGCUCCGCCACCCCUCCUACGGCUCCCGAUGGCCGCAGCCGCAGCCCCUCGUCACGGUCCCCGUUGGGCAAACGCACCGCCCCUUCGCCCUCGCCUUCCCAUUCUUCCUCCUCCUCCUCCUCCGUUCAGGACAGGAGGCCCAGCGCGUCCCCCUCUCCGUCCUCGUUGGAUAGGAGGCCCAGCGCCUCUCCUUCCCCUGCUGUCUCGUUGGAUAGGAGAGCUAGUGCCCCGCCCUCUCCGCUGGACAGGAAGCAUCAGAAUGGCAGCACGAAGAGUGUUCGGCAUAAGAGAGUGUCAGGUAGGAUCUUUGAUCCCAAUAAGCACUGUGGAGUUCUGGACCCUGAAACCAAGAGGGCCUGCACGAGGUCUCUCACUUGCAAGACUCACUCCCUGACCGCUCGGCGUGCCGUACCUGGGAGGAAGAGAGACUUUGACUUCCUGCUGGCGGAGCACAAGGGGCGGGCCAAGGAGAAGGAGGUGGUGGGUGCACCCAAGGGGGACGCCCAGACGGGCAGCCAGCCCAGCCAAUCAAACGACACUACUCCCAGCAGGGCCGCCGCCCACUGUUCCAAUGGCAAAACCACUUCCACUCUGCGGCUACGGCUGGCAAAUGCACACAUGCACAGGUCGGGGGGCAGCGGGGCUGCAGCGAUGCUGAGCUCCGUCCCAGACCCCGUGCCCAGCAGCUGGCAGAGGGCAGGCGGAGUGGCAGCAGCAUCAUCAUCAUCAUCAGCAGCAGUAGCAGCGGCAUCAACAGCAGCAGCAGCAGCGGCGGCGUCAACAGUAGGCGGGGGAGGGGCGGAGAGCCGGCUGUCCAGCGAUGAGGGGGAGCCAGAGGCCCCCGAGGAACCCGACAAGCCAACCUGCCAUUACUCACCUCGCCACCCGCACCCCAUGAGCUGUUGUGCCUUCAACAGUCGGUUGAUGGGAAGAGGUCAUUAUGUGUUUGACCGACGCUGGGACAAGAUACGACUGGUGUUGCACUCCAUGGUUGAGAAGCACGUCAACUCCCAAAUGUGGAAGAAGGUACCGUUGGCCGCGGAGAGCCUAGCCAACAGCAACUCCCCCAGCCCCUCAGACUUCCCCUCUCCCGGCUCGGGCAUCCUCUCGCCACCCCCUUCUCUGUUCGCCUCGCCCGCCACCCCUCCUCCUCCAUCCCUGGACGGCGUCUCAGUGGUCUCCUACUCCACGGCCUUCCUCCACAACCACAACGGAGGAGGCAUCUUCUGCAUCAGGGACCCUGACCCACCCACUCCCUCCUCCUCCUCUUCGUCGUCAUCCUCGUCUUCGUCCUCCUCUUCUGCCAAAUCGUGUCGGACUAAGCCCUCCAAAUCUCCAAGGGCCCAGAGCAGUGAGGGCCCCGGAGCCAAGAGGCGAAAGCCUUCCGAGGGAGGCGGUAGCUCGCAUCGGAAGACCGGGAACGGCUACCACCCGCCUCUGCCUCCACCUCCUCUUCCUCCUCCUCCUCCGACAACGACAACGACCGCUUCGAUACAGGCCUCACCUAACCCGGCCCUUAUCAGCAACGGCACAGCUGACCUGUCCGUCAAGAGCAAGGGGUCCGGCAGGAUAGUGCAGGGAAACAGGGACUCGAGUGGCAGGUACUCGGUCAGUGGUGGUGGUGGUGGUGGUGGUGGUGGUAGUGGCGGGGUGGUGGGCACAGGACUCCUGGGGGACCACCCACUGUCACAGCACAGCCCCGCACCCUACGGCACCGCAGCAGUGGCAGGGGACAGCCGCAAACGGAAGUCGUCGUCCGCCUCGGCAACGACCCGACCCGGGAAGGUGGCCAAGACGUCGGGGCUGGACAACAUCUUCAGGAAGAGCAGCCUGAGCCUUCUGGCUCCCUUGCCCGAGUCGCCGCACAAUCCUCACCUCCGACAGUCCAAGGUGCACCACUGACUCCACUGAUCACCAUAGGAGAACAGGAGGAUGCUCUGCUCUGUUCUGCAGAUAGACUGUUAACUGCCAUCUGCCAUCUUCUUCCAAGGCUCCCCAUCUUCCUCCUCCUCCUCUGUCUACAUCUUAAGGCUUUACUGGAAUUGUCACUCACAAACCAGAGAGGUAAAACUGAGGCCGUUUGGGGUCAGGUUGGCCCAAGGAGGUUGUCGGGCAGGGUUGGGAAUCCUGUCAGUCCACACUGGCAGUCAUAAAAAAAGGAAUUAGAGGGUCUAUCUUCCUCCUCUUUUGGUACUAAACGACGCUCUCUUAACCUUGUCAGCCUUUUGUGCUGCACAUCUAAAUGGGAUAUCUCUUUUCUCCGUAGACAGUUUGUCUACUGGUGUACAGGAAGACUCUGUGAGGACAUACCGUCUAUAACACGGCGGGCCCAUCAGAGCUGGACUGGCUUUGUUCUGCUCAACACCACUCUCGAUGCCGCUGAACUUUUUUUUUUCUGUUUUUGUUUUGUUUGGCUCAUGUUGUUGUUGUUAUUAUAUAGCAAUGCAUUCUAUCGAUCCGAUUGAUCAUGUCGCCUUGUUGAAGAUGCCAGGACAAAAGGAAAAAAAGGAUUGAAGAGGAGAAGAGGGGCACCUAGUGGUGAUGUGGGGUGGCCGCUGAUUUUCUUCCGUGAGCUGUGACGAAACGUGGGGAGACCAUAAUGCCUGAGGCCUGUCCACCAUGUAUCAUAUUGCACAUCCAUACACAUGUACAUGUACAUGGAUGUACACACACACACACACACACACACACACACACACACACACACACACACACACACACACACACACACACACACACACACACACACACACACACACACACACACACACACACAGACAGACAGACAGACAGACACACAGACAGACACACAGACACACAGACACACACACACAAAACAAGGCUCUGGAAUUGGAAAAGCCUCUACACCAUGCCUAUCUAAAGUGCACUUAAAUCUCUUCCCACCUGGACCGUUGAGCAGGUGAUGGAGACAAACAGGAACUUUUCAACCAAGGGAAUUCUUUACUUACUGACACUGUUUGGCAAGAUUUAUUUUUUAAAUGAAAUGGGUUGAAUUCAGGUUUUUCUUUCCUCCAAGUAUUUCAGUUCUGUUGCAAGGAUCGCAAGAACAACAACAACAAAAAAACUGUCAGGACUUGCACCUCAAAUGGAAAACAACAUAAGGAAGUGUUGGGUUUUUUUGUAUGAUAAUUUAUCAUUUCUAUAUUAAUUUUUCUAACUGACUAGUGUAGGGCUAAAGAUGAGCAAAAGUAUAUUUGUAUGUCGUUUUAAAAAAAAAGUUGAAAGUAUUAUUAUUAUAGAGUUUGUAUUGUUGGACAAAGUGUACAUAUCUUUCUAUUAUUUUUUGUAUUUAUUAUCAAUCUUGCAGAGCUACAUGAAAAAUAGUCCCACCACCCCUAAUCCCUGCCACCCAUCCAAUCAAUGUGUGUUAAAAGACUAUACCCCCCCACACCCCAAAGAAACCUAUCUUGCCUUCUUUUGCAAGGGUAUUUUAUUUUCCCUCCAAUAGUCCCACUGUUUAUUGAAGAACAGUUCUAUGCCGUGUCAGCUUUACCUUGUGGUUAAAAAUCCCAAGUAUUAUACUGCUGUUUGUGAGCAUGUAUAUUAUUGAAUAAUUAUUUGGUUAAAGGUAUAGACACAGGCACACUAAAACCAACCAUAGUCGUGUAGAUUACUUUGGUGUGGAUUUGAUUUCGAUCAGCAUGAUCACCUUAAAUAGUUAACAUUUGCAUAGUACAUGCCCCUUUGCACUUUGUCAUAUACCAGGAAUUUCAUCUGGUUUUAUUUAUAGAGAAAAGAUGUUUCAAUCAUAUAUAAAAAUAUAUAUUGCAUAGGAAGACAAAAUGUUUGUAAAGAUUUUUUUUUCUUGUUUCCUUUCUGAUUACCCUGCGUUUUAGAAUAUUCAGUGUGCAUCUCGCUCAUUGAUGUGUUUUGGCCAGAAAAUGUUAUUUUGCCUUGCUCAAGAUGGAGACUUCACGUACCACAAGAGAUGAAGCCUGGCUUUUCAAAGGCUCUGUGAACUCCAUGUAAAAGUGCUUCCACCCAUAGUCCUUAGGUGUUGGUACGUAGUGCGCUUGGAGAGAUUGCUGUCUUACAGUAAACUCUUUCCAAACUUUUGCUUUCUAAUCUAAAGAACGCUGUGCUAGUAUUGUCUCUCAUACUUGAGAGGUCCCUUUCAUAAACCCACAAAAAUUGGAUGUUUUCCCUGCAGUCUUGUUCAUUUUGCUAGGCAUACGCUCAUGCAUAACAGCCUGUUUUGUGCAAAGAAAAAUACGUCCAAAGCCCAGGUAUCCGUUGUUAAAAGCAAUUUUAAUGUAACAGUGACGUUCCUUUUUGAGGCACGCUAAUGCACUGUUCCAUUUGAUAGUCUAAAUUCUUAAUUAACCCUAACCACUUCAGUAAAUGUGGUUAAUUGGAAAAUUGAAUGUUCGCAAAAGACUGUCUCUGAAAGCUCUGUCAUUGUCCUUAUUUACAGGUUUGGAUUGUCAUUUGAUUAGAUAACUGUUUUGUCUGCUAUUUGAACUUUUCUCCGAUAUUGUCAAGAAUGUUUUCUCUUUAAUUUUCAGUUGACUGCCUCUUAUUUCAAAUAUAGAGUAGGCCUAUAUAGAUCUGUGGGGUUUGAAAGUGUAUAUUUGGUUGUAAUAAACGACAGCAAUUUUUAUAGGCCAUGCUUCUAUGGCAUGUCCACUGUGAUCUAUUUUUAUUCUGCUUUCAUAUAUUUGAACCAACUAUAUUUGACAAAAGUAUCCACUUGUAACACUUGUCACCAUGCAAUGUCUUCGGUAACAAUGCCAUACGUUUUUGUUGUCAUUUACGCACCUCCUUACCUUAAAAAAAAGCCUCGAGGUAUAAUACAAAAAGUGGAUGAUUCACACAUGCAUGGUAGCCUGGCGACGUUAUCCUACGCACUUCCACCCAAAGAUUUUAGUUUCGUACAUAGUCUGACCCAACCCUCCUAGCUCAGUUCGCUCAUGGUUCUGCCAAUCAGCAAACACAUGAGAGUGGUGAUGCAGAACUCGCCCACGGAGUCUUUUACUGAUUGGUUAAGGUAACACUAUUGACACUUUUGGCUUGUUAUUCGUAUGCUUUGGCAACACUAUAUCGUAACAGUCGUGCUAAUAAAACACAAUUUUAAAUUUAAUUUGAAUUCAGAACUCCAAUGAAUUAAAAUUGCAGUUAGGUCAGACCAUCUCUCACCUUCCACGUAAACGGAUUCCUCUUGACUUGGUCCAGACUGUUUGACGGAGUCAACAGUCGGCUUUCGCCCAGGCUACAUGCAUGGAGGUUCAUACAUGGUUUUAAAACCACUUUCAUCCUUCCUAACCUUAAAAAAUGGUUAUCAUCUGACAAGUUUGCCAGAGACCGUCUGACCACCUCAGACUCACCUUCCAUCAGACAAAUUCAGGUUAAAGUGUCAUGUAACUGUGUAUACUAAUUGUAUUAAAUUAUAUGAAAUGUUAUACUUACUGUCCUUUUGCUCAGUUAUGUAACUUUUACACAUUGUCGCCCCUAUGUUAUUAAUGGAAAAAUGUGAUGCCCCUGCCCCAAAAUCUGGUCAGCCAUAUAGAGCUGUUUUAUUUUUUUUAUUGUAAGGCCUUAUUUUAUAUGGUUGUUUAAACUCUAUCCAACUUAAUGUAUUUGAAAGGAAGUUACAACUUCAAUGGCAAAACCUCAGUGGAAUGGUGUUCCUAUAUAUGUGCUUUUUACUCUGGCCCAAGGCAUUUUCAGAAAGGAAAUUGAGUAUGUGUAUUUUUCAGGGUUUGAUCAUGUUUUGGAAUUCAACUGUUACACAAAUACAUUUUUUACCUGUC